GCUCAGGCCCAGUGUCAGUGUUACCUGAUCACGAGAGGAGAAGGAAGAGGAGGGACAGCCCCCCUUUUGCAAACGCCUCUCGCUUCUUUUGCGCAGAGAGUGUAGGAGCACCUGGAGGAGACCUUGGUGUUCCUCAACCAGACGAUAGAAAGAGACGGCAGAGAGAGACCGGGCUCACACAGGGCUGACCAGCGAGUCAGGGGGCUCUACGCCUCAGGGCUCUGGCCCUGUGUUGCAGACUCGUCUCACUUCUGCCUCAGAACCAGUGGAGGAGCACCUGGAGGAGACCUCGGUGUUUUAAGGACAGAGACCCACCGCUGACAGUCAUCAUGUCACACAGGGAGCAGGCGGCCCCCAGAGGGAGGGAGCCAGCAUGCCUGCUGUGUCGGCAAUCAGAUGCUGACUCGGACAUCUGCGGGGAAAAACUCUUCAUACAUGGGUUCUGUGCCCACGAGAACUGCCUGUUUUUUGCCAACAACUUUCCUGACCGCCCGGUUCAUCGAGGAGGACUCUGGUGUCUUCACUCAUGGGAGAUCCGAGAUGUAGUCUCCCAGGCGGCAGAGCAGAGCUGCAGCAUCUGUGGCCAAAUCGGGGCCACCAUUUACUGCUGUAGAAGACACUGUGAUGUGAGCUUCCACCUGCCCUGUGCCAAGCAGGGAGGCUGUGUCACCCAGUUCUGCAGACCAUUCAGGGCCUUCUGUGCAGCACACAGACCAGAGCAGGCAGUGGAGGCGACUCCAGAGCCGGGCACCGAAUGCCUCAUCUGCAUGGAGCCUGUGGAGGACAGAAAGACCUUUAACACCCUGGUGUGCCCAGCCUGCAAAAGUGCCUGGUUCCACAGGGACUGCAUCCAAGGACAGGCUCUGCAUGCUGGUUAUUUCUCCAUCCAGUGCCCCCUCUGCAGAAAUGAUGACGCAUUUCGCAAGGAUCUGCUCACCAUGGGGAUCCGAAUCCCCUUCAGACCACCAACAUGGGAGGACUUUAAUGCAUUUGAUGAGCUGGGAGACAGACACAGGCGCUGUGAUGCCAGUGAGUGCCUUUUUCCAGGAGGCAGGCAGGAGGCAGAGGAGGAGGGGCCCUGGGAACUGCUCCUGUGCUCCUCCUGUGCUGCCGAGGGCACCCCCAGGCACUGCUCUGGCCUGAGGGACAUCAUAACCAGCUGGGAAUGUGAUGGCUGUGCAGUCCUGGGCACAGGGCCUGGAGCAGCCUUGACCCUCCUGCUCCCCUUACAGCGUCCAGUUAAGACCCAGAGCUUGUUGAUCUCAUGAAGGACUCUUCUGACAACUUCAAGGAAUACGAGACCAUCACCCUCAGUACAAGCAAACUCCAUACAAACUGACAGGCAACAUCGGAGGAGACUCUGAAAUCCCUCUCACAAAAGACAAGCAGCUCCAGCCCUGACAGUCAGCAGAUCCUGAAGUCACCGUGACAGGAGCCGUGUUAGAGCACCCAGUGCUGGGAGCUCCACUCACCAGUGGGACGGUGAGACAGGGACCCACCGCUGACACGUCCCACGUCAGACAGGGAGGAGGAGCCCCCCGAAGGGAGGGAACCAGCAUGCCAGCUGUGUGGACGAUCAGAGGCUGACCCGGACGCGUGGAGAAAAAAUCCAGAUAAAUGGGCUCUGUUUCCACGAGUUCUGCCGGGUGAGUUGCUUCAUGUUUUGACAGGCAGUCCCUGCCACUCUCUCCUCAUCAGUACGUGUCCUUUUUUCUACAGGUUUUUGCCAGCCACCUUCCUCUGCACAAUGAUGAUCAAGUAGGAUUCCAGGGCUUUCUCCCAAGGGAUAUCCUAGAUGUAGUCUCCCGGGAAGCACAGAAGAGCUGCUGCAUCUGUGGCCAGAGCGGGGCCACCAUCUCCUGCUGGGAAACAGUCUGUGACCUGAGCUUCCACCUGCCCUGUGCCAAGCAGGGACACUGUGUCACCCAGUUCAUUCCACCGUACAGCUCCUACUGCCCCGCACACAGCCCAGAGCAGGCAGUGGAGGUGACUCCAGAGCCAGGCACAAACAGAGACAUCCUGCAAGCGAAACCACUUCUGGCAGCAAUAUCAGACCCCCAAUACACAGAGCCAGUCCAGAAGUCAUCGUGACAGGAGCCACGUGAGAUCACCAAGGGCUGGGAGGUGCAACAGCGGCCAGGAAGAAUCGAGGACAUCCCAAAGGCAAAACCAGCAACGUCAGACUCCAAAUUAAUGCAGCCAAUCUAGAAGUUGCCGUGACAGGAGCCGUGUGGCAGCCCCAAGUGCUGGGAGAUGCACCCCCAUCCAGGAAGCAUCAAGAACAUCACAGACGUGAAACUGGUUCUGUCAGCAACUUAUCAAAUCCCUUCAAUAAAUGUAUAGGACUGCUUUUUAAAAUA